AUGGCGGGAGCUGUCCGCCUCGGGCCGCUGCCCUUGCUCCUGCUGGCAGCCUCGGCCUUGGCGCGCUACACCCCAGACUGGGACAGCCUGGACGCGCGGCCUCUGCCCUCCUGGUUCGACGAGGCAAAAUUCGGCGUGUUCGUGCACUGGGGCGUGUACUCGGUGCCGGCCUGGGGCGAAUGGUUCUGGUAUUUCUGGCAGGGCGAAAAAGACCCAGACUACGAAGCUUUCAUGCGCCAGAACUACCCACCCGGCUUCUCUUACGCCGACUUCGGCCCCCAGUUUGAGGCCAAAUUCUACGACCCCAAAAAGUGGGUAGAAAUCUUCGAGGCGUCCGGAGCCAGGUAUGUGGUCUUGACCACCAAGCAUCAUGAGGGCUACACACUCUGGCCCAGUGCUACAUCUUGGAACUGGAAUUCUAAGGAUGUAGGGCCCCACCGAGAUCUGGUGGGUGAAUUGGGACCUUACCUCCGAGAGAAGAAUAUCCGUUAUGGAUUGUACCACUCACUCCUGGAAUGGUUUCAUCCCUUGUAUCUGCUUGACAAGGAAAACAACUUUACAACCCAGAAUUUUGUCGAGGCCAAGGUCCUGCCAGAAAUGGUUGAUCUUGUGAACAAAUACAAACCUGACCUGAUCUGGUCUGAUGGAGAAUGGGAAGCCCCUGACACUUACUGGAAUUCCACCGAGUUCCUUGCCUGGCUGUACAACGACAGCCCCGUAAAGGAUCAAAUUGUGGUUAAUGAUCGAUGGGGCAAGGACGAUCCCUGUCAUCAUGGAGGUUACCUUACCUGUCAUGAUAAGUACAAGCCAGAAGUUCUUCCAAAACACAAGUGGGAGAUGUGCACCACCCUGGAUAAACACGCCUGGGGGUAUCGGCGAACAAUGGAGAGCAAGGAUGUUAUGACUGAUAUAGAAAUCAUUUCGGAACUAAUUGAAGUUGUGACUUUUGGAGGCAACUAUCUGCUCAAUGUUGGGCCAACAAGAGAUGGGAUCAUUCCUCCCAUCUUUGAAGAAAAGCUCCGUUCUGUGGGGAGCUGGCUGAGCAUCAAUGGGGAGGGGAUCUAUGCUUCCAAGCCAUGGAGGAAGCAAAUGGAAAAGAACAACACCACUGUAUGGUACACAACAAAGGAGUCUAAUGUGUAUGCCUUCUUCACCUCCUGGCCACAGAAUGGAGUGGUACAGCUGAACUUCCCUGUCUCAACACACAGCACGAAGGUGACAAUAUUGGGACACUCUGGGCUGUUGAAGUGGUCAGAAGGCCCAAUGGGUAAGGGCCUUAUCAUUGCCCUGCCUGAAUUUUCUCCAAGUAUUGCAAACAUGAAGAUCUGGACCCUCAAACUACAGAAAGUGGAGUGA